UUUAUCUUUCACGUGAAACGGAAACGUCGUUGAACAUUAGGAAGAAUGAAGUUACAUCUUUGGUUUGUGUUGGCUUUGACAGUCUGUCAGAAGUGUCAUUGCAGCAACGAGUUUGUACAUCAUUUCGAAAUAUCACAAAAUAGCAUACCCUUGAAAAGUCAUGGAAGUCAUACACAAACACGAUUUCGGCGUGAUGCUGACUCAACUUGCCAAUCACAAGAAACAAGAUUUCUUACUGAUGUUCUUCAGAAGAAGACACAAAUACUGGAAAAGAGAGUAUUUCAGAAUGAUAGUAAUACAGGAAUGGCUUUGGCCUGGGCUGGUACCCAUGGGACCAUGAUAGUAGUGACAAGUCAAGAAUCUUUUGGUAUGGCAACAGGUGCCUCUAAUAUAUAUAGAACAGAAAAUUAUGGUCUGACAUUUGAGAACAUUACUGGUAAACUUACUAAAGAGCCAACGUUUAUCAGAAAGCAUGCUGGAAUAUUCAGACAUACAGAUGAUACAAAUAGGGUCUAUUUAGUAUCUGUUCGUCGAGAUGGAACUGUACUGUACAUAACAGAGGACAGUGGGAAAAGUUUUGUAUCUGUAAAGCUAGACUUUCAGAUAGAUGGACAAUUACAUUUUAACCCUAAAAACAAAGAUUAUUUAAUGGCAUCUUCAAGUGUUCUUACAGUCAAGAAAAAAUCCAAAGAAAUAAAAAGACAGACUAUUUAUGUGAGUGAGGAUAAUGGUAAAAACUGGAGAAGAAUUGCAGAAUCGGUUCAAGUCUUUAAAUGGGGUUUCAAUUCAAAGGUGGAUACAGAUCAGACUAUAUAUGCAGCAAUUGAUUCAGCUAAUACUCAUCCAUUCUUUGCCACAUUUUUUGUAAUCAAGUAUGAUUUAAAGAAGUCAACUGACCUUGGCAAAAGUUGGACAAUUUUAAUGAAAGAUGUUAUAUCAUUUGGACACCAGGACAAGUUUCUUUAUGUAGCUGUACCAGAAAAAGCGGGGAGUUCUCAAAGAAAAAUGUUGGUUUCAACUAAUGGUGGAGCAACGUGGGAUAGAACGUACUUACCAACUAUGAAUGGAGAAAGGUUUUUCUCAGUGUUGGAUAUGAAUGAAGGAUUGGUAUUUAUGCAUGUGGAUAAUCCAGGAGAUACUGGUCAUGGUACACUGUAUACCUCAUCAGGGAAGGGAAUGUUAUAUUCAGAAUCAUUACAGAAACAUUUAUACCCCAACUAUGGAGAUUCUACAGAUUUUUUCCGAGUUCAGUCAAUGAGAGGAGUUUAUCUUGCCAGCCAGAUGAGAGAUGAUAAUAGUAUUCAUACAGUUAUAUCAUACAAUCUAGGAGGAACAUGGCACCCAGUUCCCAAACCUGAAGGGUCUACAUGUAAAGAUCCUAAAAAGGAAUGUGCCUUGCAGAUUCAUGGGACAUACAGUAGAAGCAGAGGGAUUAUAUCAGAAUUACCUCUUAGUGUCCCAAGUGCUACAGGUGUCAUUCUAGCUCAUGGUCAUGUAGCUGAUGCUUUACAGACGACCAAACCAGAUGUGUAUAUAACUACUGACGGUGGAUACAAAUGGAGAAAGGCUUUAGAUGGUCCUCAUCAUUAUCAUAUAGCUGAUAGUGGAAGUUUACUAGUGGCAGUACCAGCUGAUACAACUCAACCUAAACUUAUCAAAUUUUCUACAGACGAGGGAAGGUGUUGGCAUACAUAUGAUUUCAUUGACAAGGAGAGUAAUGAGACCAUUAUGUUUACUGGACUAUUAACAGAGCCUGGGUCCAAGGCCUUGACUGUCAGUAUUUGGGGUUAUAAACCAGACACAAGAAAGUGGACCACAUUUAUCAUUGAUUUCCAAAAAAUAUUCAAAAAGAAGUGUGAUACUGCAACAGAUUAUGACACUUGGGUACCCCAUGAAACAAGUAAUGAAAAAGGAAAUAUACAAGGAUGUCUCCUGGGAAAUAAAGAAACAUUUAAAAAAGUGAAAAAAGACUCAUGGUGCUAUAAUGGUGCAGAUCACCCAUUGGAACAUACAGGGGAAGCAUGCACAUGUGUCAGGGAUGAUUAUGAAUGUGAUUAUGGGUUUUACCGACCUGAUGGUAGAGAUGAUUGUGUAGAACAACCUAAUUUUAAUUUACCUAAGGUGGAUGUAUGUAAACAAGGUCACGAAGAACAAGUUAUAACACAGGGAUAUAGAAAAAUUCCAAAUGAUAAAUGUGUAGGAGGGUUUUCGCCAAGUGGAAAACUGUUAAAUUUAGGUGAACAGUGUGCAUCAAAACAUGAGGGUCAGAUAGAUGUGGAGGAAGUACCACAAGAAACAAAGAAAACUAACAAUGCCAGUGCUAUAGUAGCUGUGUUUGUGAUUGUUGCUUUAAUAGUAACAAUUAUGGUUGGAUUUUUUGUUUAUAAAUAUAUCAUAUUACGUAAACAUAAUGUGACCUAUAGAUAUUCAUUAUUAAACCAAAAUGAUGGUGUAAGUUAUGAUGAUGAAUUAGAAAAUGCAUUAACUAAAGCAGGAUUAUAUCACGAUUCUUCAGAUGAUGAGGAAUUGAAUUCUCCUGCUGUAAAGAAACAGAAUGAUACUGCCAGUAAUGGUGGAUCACAUGUACCAAAGGAACAGAGACCAUCAAGGUCAAAUCAGUUACAGAAUGACAUACAAUCAUACCAUGAUGAUUCUGAUGUGGACAUGAUUCAAUAGACAACUGUGAUAUGGACGGAGCAGAAUUCUCAACAUUCCCAGAUCUCAUUCUCCAAAGAAUGAGAAAUCCAGGACAGGGAACAAACAUAUACAAUCCCAUUGAUACAAAUCCAUUCCAGUGUUGGGUUAUUACAUUAAAUACUCUUCAUUUAAUUGUACAGCAAUGAUAAUAAGUAUUAAGUUAUUGUUAAAUGAUUAUAUUUGCUUUUUUCCUUCAUCCUUUUAUUAAUUACGUGAAGCAAAGAAAGUUUGUUUUUUUAACAUUCAAGAAGGAGAUAUUAAUGUUUUUAUUGUUUCUCUAUUUAUGUUUUAUAUGUGUGCCUGGGAAAAUCAUUUGAAAAUCAUGAUCAAUUUCCUUUACACAUUUAUCAUUACUCUCUUCAGACUCAAAUUUAAUUUAAUCAACAGAUUCCAUAGAAACAAAUUUCCUUUCUCGACACACACUUAAAAAACAAAUAUGGUUUUCUCAUAAUACUUCUUAGAAACAAAAGUGCUCUCUUGAAAAUAUUCAUUGAAAAAAACAAAACCCUUUCUUAACAUCCUCGAUAGAAACAAUCUGCCUAUUUGGAAACUUUAAAAAGAAAAUAAGGAUUUUUCUCAAAUUUUCAUAGUUAAAUACAAGUUAAUAUACCCCUUACCAAAGAAGACACACAGACAGCCUUUGGUUAGAUUUAGAUUGACAAAGAGUUAACCUUACCUAAUGAAAAUUAUGUGUAUCUUUGUCUAGAUUGCUUCAUGCUAUUCUCAAUAUGUUUUGAGUGGGACAGAAACAUACCUUUAAGUUACAUCUAUAAUGUUCACAGUCUUUACAUUAUGGGGGGGAUUUUUUUCUUUAAACAGUUGUUUUAUAAGAAACUUUAACCUGGCUUUAUCUAAGUGUAAAGAUUCUACUCUUUAAAAAUGUGGCAUGAUGGAGUUAUGCAUAGAUAUAUAAAUAAAAGUUUUGAUAUUGUUUGCAAGAAAUUUAAAAAAAAUUGUCUUUCAUAUUGUGUAUUUAAAAAUUGAGAAAAAUGUAUAUAUGUACCGGUAUGCCAAAUUUUGUUGAAAGUUAAUAAUUGUUAGUAGCACAUAUGUAGGCUCAUCUAAAACUCUACAUGAAGUACAUGUAUAUACUUUUGUUUACAAACUCCUUAAGAAGUGAUCAGUGGGUGUACUAAUAUAUAAUAUUCAGAACAUGUCAUAGUUAUUUAUUUUUUAGGGUGUAGAAUAUUUGUUAUGUUAUUUAUAAUGGAAAGUCACCUGUUUUUAUUUUUUAGUAUCUUUGAUACAUCUAAUAGUUUAAAGAAAAAUUAGAUCAAUUUUAUGUUAAUGUAGAAAAGAGAAUGAUUAAUUGUUUAACCCUUUCCUCCAUGGAUUUGUUUUUUUAACAUACUUGAUUUGCAUAGGAUUUUUUUCAGUAAAAAAAAAUCAGCAGGUUUAACGUGUUAAUGCAUUGGGAAAUAGAAUAUAUCAUCAAUGAAAUUCAAGUCAGAUAUUCUCAUGAAUCUCCUUGUCAUAUUGGAUACAAAUUUUUUAAGUCUGAUACAGACAUUUUGGAGUCCAAGCUUUUCAACUGAGGUAUUACACAGGCGUCAAAAGGCGUCAUUAUGGAGUCAAGGGGUUGGUGUUAAAAGGCAUCAUUAUGGAGGAAAGGGUUAACUAUUUCCUUGAUUUGCUUAUAGAAUUAUAUUCACAUUGAAUUACUGCAUACAUAACUAUACUUUAUCUAAUGCAUAUCAUUUUAUUAUGUUUCUUUAUUUAAAGAUUUAUUUUGCUUUCAUUUAUGUAAUCUUAUAUAUACUUUAGGCUGUUCCUAAGAAAUGUAUAUAUAGUCUAAUUGACGUGAUUUUACUGAUCAUAUAGACAACAUGUACUCAAAAGAAUGAUUAUUUUUAGACAAUGUAUGCUGCUCUCAACCUGUUGAUAGUUCUUCAUAAUCAUUUAAGUGGCUCAACAAGUUUUGUGUUUCACACAACAAAAUGUAACUAAACCUAGGGUAGAAAUAUCAUAUAACAAUGAUGCAGUGGUAGAAUCUUUAUAUAUAUGUACCUCUUUCUAUUUAUUAUGUAUACUAAAAUGAAGCAGCUUCAAAUAACUUAAUAUAUACUUUUUUGGAACAGUCUUUGCCAUAUUGUGAACAAGUCCAUGUCAAAUAAAAAGAAUUGUAUAUGACUUGAGAUGAAUCAUAUACAUGGCUUUGAUAUACAUUUGAAUCUUGUAUCAUAUUCACAUUAGAUAUAAAAUGAAAUCCACAUUGUUUGACAAUGAUGACAAUGAUUACAUUAUUUCAUAAAAAAAUAUGUACAUAAGAAAAUCUUUUCUUUAUGGUCUAAUGAACUCUAGUCUCUAGUUUCUUGUUUAUAUUUUAUGGUUUAUUCCUAAUGUGCUACCAAUCUUUAAAGUUAAUGUUUUUAUUAGAAUUGGGUAGUUGGUCAAACAUGUACAUUCAUACCAAACCCCAACAACAGAAACCGUUUUAGGUUGGUUCUCACAAAUAAAGUAUGUAACAUUUAUAGAUUUCAGCAUUUGUGAAUUUUUUUCUGUAUUAUAUGGUUUGAAGCAUGUUUUCUCUCCAUAAUUUGUGAGGACUAAUUGUGCCAAAUAAAAACAACAUGCAAUAAAAAUCAGCAAUAUAGUUGUUAUCAAAUUUUACAAUGUCAGAAAACUUUAUUCAAUAUAAAUAGAGGACUUUUGGUAGGGGACAAUUAUUUAUGCAAUUUAUGGCAUUUAAUGCAUUUUAAAUUAAAAUUUAAACAAAGAAAACUAAAAAAUGACAUGCUCAAAGGUUUCAAAAUUUCAUGGUUUGUGGGAAAUACUACUUUUGUUUUUAUUUAUUUAUAUGCUUAAUGUGAUUGAGAUGAAUGAUCAAAUGAAUGUGAUGAAUAUGUAUGAUUGUGUAUAAGGUUUAUUGUUACUAUAUUAUACUUUAUUUUGAAGAGGUUUUCCUUUACAUUUUAUGGAAUGGGCAAUUCUGAACUGUUUUACAGUGUUUUUGAGAAAAAUAUGAAACUGAAUCAUUUUAACUCUUACUUCAACAAUCAUUAAAGCCGAGGUCUGAAAGAACAAUAUUGUUUAUUUUAGCCUUGCUGAGCCUUGGAGCUUUAGGUUUUAUCAAUUUCAUAUUUUUCUUAUUCACAGUUGUCCAGAUAUGUCUAAUGCUUUAUGGUUACAGAAUAUCAGAUACACAAUUUUCCAGCUUUAAAAAAAUGCAUUAUGCAGCCUAUUAGUACUAAAACUGUUAACCAACUCUAGAAGCAUAAUAUUUUAUACUUGCCAAUACAUUACUCUAUAAAGAAAGUGGUCUUUCACUGAAGAAGAUUUAACUGUGUUAAAUAAUCAAAUUCAUGUUGAUUGUUGACAAGUGGUACAUGGAAAUAAUAAGUUAAACUACAUGGGGUUUUUUAAGUUGCAAUCCGGAACAUUUCCAGUAAUAUAUGUUUUUUAUUCUUUUGUUUUAAAACUAAAAAAGCAUUUUUUUUAUGUCCAAUUUAUUUCACUAAUUUAGUGGUCUGUCUUAUUUUAAAGACCUACAUGCCUUCUUCAUGUUUUAGACUUAAUGAGUUCAUUUUGUUACAAAUCAGUUUGUUAAAUUAAGGAAUUAAGUUAGUAUUUCAGAAUUAUUGUGUAUGCUUUAUACAAAAUUAUAAGAAAGAAAUCCUAAUGUGCUUCCAGAUAUCAAAAGAAAAAAGUUAGCUUUAAGUUUUACUCAGGUGUUUGAUUGUACAACUGAAAUAAGAAUUCAACAACACAUGUUGUUAAUAUGAAUACAGGCAAUGUACCUGCUGUAUUUUAAUCUGCUUCAUGACAAAAUUUUAAGAAAACUAGUAAGGGUUAUACCAGUCUGUAGUUUAUAAAUGAAAAUAUAUUAUAUUACACUUGUUUUCAGUU